AUGGGUCGAAGUAGUAGUUUAAAAACUGCACGUCUUAGUAAGAAGACUAAGAAACUAGAAAAACAGAAAGCAUUAAAGAAGAAAUUAAAGAAAAUAAGUAAAACGGAUGGAGCUGAAUAUUCUAAACAAUUGAAGAAUUUUUUAAAUGUAAAUGCCAAAAACCAUCAAAAUUAUUAUUGUAAGCUGAUAAAGUAUUUUAAAAAAGAUAAAUAUCGUGUUCAUCCUAAUCAGAUGAAAAACACUGGGAUCACCAAAGAGAACUCAAAUAAAUUACGAAAAUAUUGGCAGAAUAGAUACACCUUAUUCACAAAAAUGGUUGAUCAACCCAUUUAUUUAACCGAAGAGCUGUGGUAUAGUGUAUCACCCGAGAAGUUUGCUAUUUUUAUCGCUAAAUUCAUUAAGACAUGCAUACCUGACGGUAAAAAUGCAUUGGAUGUAUUUUGUGGAGGAGGUGGUAAUACAAUCCAACUUGCCAAGAUAUUUGAUAAAGUCUACGGUAUUGAUAAUUCGAUUAAACAUCUUUAUUGUACAUAUAAAAAUAGUCAGACUUAUAAUGUAGAAAAUAAUACUUUUCUAAUAUUAGGUGAUUGGAUGAAAGAUAAAGUUCGUGAACAAUUUCAUUAUAAGAGAGACCAAUCCAAGAUCAAGCUUGAUAUUAUUUUUGCAUCGCCGCCAUGGGGUGGACCUGAAUAUUUAAAAUCAUCCAAAUAUGAUUUAGAGAAGAACUUAAUACCUGUAGGCUUGACACAAUUAUUACAAACUCUUAAAGAAUGCAGUGAUAAUAUUAUAAUUUUCCUACCGAAAAAUAGUAGUCUAGAACAGAUAUCUCAAGCAACACGAAAUGUGUAUGGUAAUGAAAGUAAAUGCCGAGUCGUUUAUAUUAAAGAAAAUGGAUACAUGAAGGGGAUCUGUGCGAUGUGGGGGGAUGCACUUAUCAAUUAUUACGGGGAAACACCAGAAGAGAAAUCGGCUGAACAAAAUCAACAAGUUUCAUAUGAAAUCGAUGGAUAA